ACUACAUCUCAAACGACUGAAGCAGAUCUUUUCUUUCCCUGAUAGGUGGAGGUAAUAAAACCAUGAUAGUUUGUUAGUGCAUUACUGUAUAACGGUCAUAUAGAAUCUCAAAAAAAGGAUGUGCCAAUAAAUGAAGGAUCAGCAACAUCAAUUAAAGUACUUCUUAAAUCUAUUUAUUCCGGUCGAAUGAAUUUAAGUGUUCUAGAGGAAGCAUUAAUUCUAAUUCUUACUCGUGACACGGCGUUUGCUAACGAAUUGGAUAUAUUCCGUGCGGUUUGUCGCUGGAUCAAAAAGAACCAAGACGAACUUGAACCUGAUGCUAAAACCAACAUUUUAUCUGCCAUCAGAUACCAGCUUAUGGAUGAUAAAGAACUGUCUGAAGUUAACCAAUCAGAGCUGGUUUGUUCGGAUGCAAUUAUUUUAGAUAUCAUUAAAUCAAGAAGCGAGUUCGUUCCAAAUGAACUCGAUUAUCGAGGACGAUUAGAACCCAAUGUGAAUCUCGCUCCGAGAAAGUUCUUCAAAAGUGGCGGUGGUACCAUGAGCAUGUUGGAUCAUCCAUCGAAUAUCAACUAUAUUGAAAUGAAGUUAAUAUGUAACGUAGAUUCAUGCGCAUUGCUGUUUGGAGAUCAUAAAGAUUCCCGUCUAAAGGAGGUGCCAAUAAAAGAAGGAUCAGCAACCUCAGUCAAUGUUCUCCUUAAAUAUAUUUAUUCUGGUAGAGUGGAUUUAAGUACUCUAGAGAGUAAAGUUAUUGUGGAAUUAUUAAUUCUCUCGAAUGUAUAUCGUUUUUCAAACUUACAAUUUUCACUGUCUGAGUAUUUACUGAGUAAAAUCGAUGAACACAAUGCAAGUUCGUUGUUUGUUGUGGGACUUUGCUAUCAAAUCAAAGAACUCGAAAUCGAAUCACUUAAUUUUAUCGACAUUCAUUCUUUGGAUGUAUUGCAAUCUGAAGAUUCCUUUUCUUUGACGCCCGAAGCAUUACUUCUAAUUCUUAAUCGUGACAUGGUGUAUGCUAAUGAUUUGGAUAUAUUCCGUGCGGUUUGUCACUGGAUAAAAAAAAAAAAAGACGAAAUUGAUGCUGAAGCUAAAACCAAAAUUUUAUCAGCAGUCAGAUAUCAGCUUAUGGAUGAUGAAGAACUGUCGGAAGUUAGGCGAUCAGAGCUGGUUAGUUUGGAUUCGAGUAUUUUGGAUGUCAUAAAAUUGAGUAUAGAGUCCCUCCCACAAGAAUUUAAAGAUCAAGGACGACUAGAACCUAAUGUGAAUUUCGCUGGAGAUACACCCAAAGAGCAUUUUCAAAUUGAUGGCGGUACCAUGAUCAUGUUGGAUCAUCCAUCGAAAAUAAACUAUAUUGAAAUGGAGUUAAGCGACAAACAAGCAAAGUAUGGUUCACUUAUCAAUAUUUCUAAUCAAAGAUUUAAUGUAAUUUUAUUUUAA